GGGGUGGGGGAGCGGGGAGAAGGCGGAGAGAAGAAACCAACCAACCAACCAAGCCACCCCCACCCCCACCCACCUCAGACCUGGUUUACGGCUCCAGGCUCAGUCCCCUGUGAGGCAGCUGAUUGGUUGGUGGGGGGUUGGUCCCUUCCCUGUGACCCCAAAGUGCUGAAGGGGGGCGGGGGUGGCCCUGUGCAAAGUGCACCCAGAAAGCCCCCAGCCUUGAGCCCCCUGGCCAGCACCUUCCCGCCUCCGGCACCCUCAGACCCUGCAUGAGGUGAUCUCUUCCUGCCCCGAGACCUUCCCGGUCCCCCCACAACUGCGGCGCUCCUGCCCCUGACAUCGGCAACCCCCUGCCCUGAGCACCCUGACUAGAUCUCCCCCCUUUUUCCUGUCCGGGACUUCCUCCCCCCUGACCCCCUGCCUUAAGGUUCCCCUAAAUUAGGAUUCCCUCCACCCCUUCUGCUGUCUUGAUGCUCGCCGGGCUGAGACGGAGGCGCUGAGGAGAAUUGGAAACACCAAGUGAUUUGGCCCUGAGGUGAUUUUUUUUUAAAUGGAGAAGUUGGUGACUGUGGUAGCGGCUGAAAGGAGGAGGAGAAACAGCUGAGAGAAAAAAAGGUUGACUGGAGAUCUAAAACCAGGAAGAUUUCUACUGCCAUUUGCCCACGGAGAGCCAGUCAAAGUGGGAUCAUCAUCCAGUACAAAGGUAAAUGAAACUUGUUUGCUAUGUGUUGUGGACAAAUAGAUUUAGCAGAAUUCUUCACAUUGUGCCUUAUAAGCACAAUGAUCACUGGCACUCAUAGCAAGAGAAGUGAAAUUCUUCAAUAAGCAUCAAAAGAACCAAGUAUUUUGAGUUGUGUGUUCUCCAUUUGAAGGUGAAUCCCUAUGACCCAAUGAAUCUUUUGUAAAAAGUCGACUCAGCUAGGAUGUUACACCACCACUGUCGAAGGAAUCCUGAACUACAGGAAGAAUUACAGAUUCAGGCAGCAGUGGCUGCUGGGGAUGUUCACACAGUACGAAAGAUGUUAGAACAGGGCUAUUCUCCAAAUGGCAGAGAUGCUAAUGGGUGGACCCUACUUCAUUUCUCUGCAGCAAGAGGAAAGGAAAGAUGUGUACGAGUAUUUCUUGAACAUGGAGCUGAUCCCACAGUUAAGGACUUAAUUGGAGGCUUCACUGCUCUUCAUUAUGCAGCUAUGCAUGGUCGAGCCCGGAUUGCACGCUUGAUGUUAGAAUCUGAAUACAGAAGUGACAUUAUCAAUGCAAAAAGCAAUGAUGGUUGGACUCCCCUUCAUGUAGCUGCUCACUAUGGUAGGGACUCAUUUGUCAGACUCCUGCUAGAGUUCAAGGCUGAGGUCGAUCCACUGAGUGAUAAAGGUACAACACCGCUUCAGCUAGCCAUUAUCCGGGAGAGGUCAAGCUGUGUGAAAAUCCUUCUGGAUCACAAUGCCAAUAUCGACAUUCAGAAUGGGUUCCUGUUACGAUAUGCUGUGAUCAAAAGCAAUCACUCAUAUUGCCGAAUGUUCCUUCAGAGAGGGGCAGACACAAACUUGGGUCGUUUAGAAGAUGGACAAACACCAUUACACUUGUCUGCCCUUAGGGAUGAUGUGCUUUGUGCCCGAAUGUUAUAUAAUUAUGGAGCGGACACUAAUACAAGGAACUAUGAAGGACAGACCCCAUUGGCUGUUUCAAUAAGUAUUUCUGGAAAUAGUCGACCCUGUUUGGAUUUCUUACAAGAAGUAACAAGGCAGCCCAGAAACUUGCAGGACCUGUGCCGAAUUAAAAUUCGCCAAUGUAUAGGCCUUCAAAACCUAAAACUACUUGAUGAACUACCAAUUGCCAAGGUCAUGAAAGACUACUUAAAACACAAAUUUGAUGAUAUCUGAUAUCAAUGGGACAUCAUGAGCAAGAUUAGGAGAUAUAUACCAGAUACUUAAAAGGCUUGUUGCCUUGCACAAAGUAUAUCCUAUGCAAUUUCUGAUUUGCUGUGAAGUCAGAAAGCAGGUAUACACUUUCGGGUUUUUUUUUGUUUGUUUGUUUUUCACUGUAGGGGAGGGACUUUUUUUUUUAUACCACAUGCUAGAAAGUCUUAAUUUUGGUUUCUUGGUCCAAGUUUAAAAGGUCCAAGCUUUCUAUACAAUAUUGCAUUUAGAAAAUUGUUGUGUUUGUUGUUAUUGUUUUUUUUUUUUUUUUUUUUUUUAAUGAAGCGUGCAGGUUUGGAAUGGAGAAUUUACCCUUUUCAGAAUGUUUAUGGUUUCCAUUGGCACGCAUGGUAUUGUAAACCAGCUGAGCAAAGUUGUUAAGCUGAGUGAGGUUUGGAGAUAAUAGUUUUAUCUAGGGGGGUCCAGGGAUAUGCUGGAAAAUGCCAUAAGAAAUUUUAAAAUAAAUACAGACAUCCCAUUCCAUUUUAAUGAAUACGAAUUGGCUGUUUUAUACAGUUCUUUUCCUAAUCGCUAUAGCUAAGAUAUAAAUCUAGUACCUCGGCUUUUCUGUUAGUGUGCUCGUGUUUUAACUUUGUUUUUUAAUAACAGUAGUACACUACACAGAGACAUUGUGUCUCACUUUUUGUCUCUAGUUGAGUAUGUUCUUUAAAAAAAGUUAAUGGGAAAGAAAAUAACUUUAUAAAGCUAAUCUAUUCUGUUUCUAAAACAGUGCCUCCGGUGCAAUAACUUUUCUGGUGUAUUUUAUACAUUGUUUUAUUUAAUGUUCAUCAUUCCAUAGCCAGCUUAUGUCCAUGAAAGUAGUAACUGACUGCCACUUUAAUUUUGCAUUGCCAUACCAUAACACAUUGGUUGAAGUUUUGAUUUUAGUAUUUUUCCUGGAUACAUACUUUUAUUUCACUCCAAGCAUACAUAUGUAGGUCUCUUUAAAAAAAAAAAAAAAAAUACGGUCCAGAAUUUGAUGAAAAAACAUUUUGCUUUAAUGCAGUUAAAUAAUUUGGUGUGGUUUCAAUUUUUUUUCCAAUUAAAGUAUAAUAGAAUGUCUUUGGGCUACAUAGUUUGUAAAUCCACAUAAUUCAUAAUGCAGGAACAAAAUUUCCACUAUAUUUUGAAAAUUGUUAUACUGAAUGAUUUUAUUUUCUAAGUUGACCGGGCACAUAUUUGCACUGUAAACAUGAUAAGACAUGAAGUGUCUUAACAAUUGACAAGAUUUCUGGGACCCAUAAAGACCUGAGAUGAUGCCCUUGGAAAUGUUUUCUGCACAUAUUUUGGCAUCAUAUUAGCUUCAGAAUGUCAUUGUUCUUAAUGUUUUUGUAGACGUUUCACAGUUUUAGGUACUGAUAAUGAGUUUAUUAUCAGAAACUUAGGUGCUGAAGCAGUUAUUAUUUUCUGUAUUACUAGUUUCAGAUCAGAAAAUAUGAGGGAAGUGGUUUAACUGAAAAAAUGUAGCUCAAUUCAGAAUUAGGUCUCCACUUUGGCUUUAUCUCUCUAGAGCCAGAAGUAGUAGCUUAAGCACAAAGCUUAAUGUUAGUGUGAAUGCACAAUAUCCAUUGGGAGUGAGGAUUAUCUUACUCUGUUGUGCCUAGGCAGUGAGCAGGUUUUCAAGAAUGGAGACCUACAGAAAGAAGAGAUUGAUAAUAUACAUAAAGUUUUUCAAUUUCAGGACACCAGUUAAAAAGUGGCCUAAUUCAGUAAUGAUUGAAGAGUUAUUAUCACUUGGGUAGAGUGGGAUUUGAGUUGUUCUGUGUUUUUCGUAAUGAAAAAAAUUGUAUGCCUCCCAAACAUGGUUUCCAGAGAUAGGCCAUUUACUAAAUAAAGGGGGAGUCUGAAUUUAACUACCUUCUCAUUUCAUUCAUACCUUCUCAUAUUCCCAGAUCAGGGUGGAUUAAUAAAGGUCAAAUAGAGACACUUGCAUUGUUUGAGUCUACCUGGUUCCUCUCCAUGUAUGUCACAGUCCUGUAAUCUGAGGAAAUUGCAGCACCUAGGUAUGAUGAGGUGAGAGUAGGAUGGUAUGGGAGCCUUGCACUCUUUAAUUUCUUGGCAUUCCAGAGCAGUAAUAUUAGUUAUCAUAAACAUAAGAAUUUCCCCCCAUAAUUGUUAAUUUAUUAAUUUACUUUAAAACUUUUCUUCCCCAUUUUCAUCCAAAAGUUACAUCAGUAUUUUCUAAGCUGAUUUAGCCACUGAGUUUUAGUCAGGGAGUUCCAGAUAAACAAAUCAGAUUAAGGUAAAUUCUUUGUUCUGUGUUGCUGCUGUGACUUCAGAAAAAUUAUGAAAGAUCUUCCUGGAAAUGAAAUUUCUAUUUAAUGAAGAAUUGUAUAAUUCCAUUAUUUAUUGUUUGAAGUUUGAUUAUACUGGUAACUUAAAAAAGAACACUUUAUUUUGUUGUUGUUAAUAAAAUCCCAAUCAUAUAUCACAUUUUACAGUAUCUAAAAUUUAUCUAGGUAAUUGGUCAAAUUUAUUGAUUAAAAUGCUAGUCUGUAUUUGAAUUAGAUUUACAUGGAGCCAUUCUGUUGUCACAAUUUGGAUAGAAAGAACAAGGAUUUUUAGAAAACAAACUGAUUUGAUUAUACCAGAAAAUCUUGACUGCAAAAAGAUGAGACCAUAUUACAAUUUUCACUGAUCCUCAUAGUUUUCUUCUAAACUACUUUAUUUAACUUAUUACUAAAUCUUUUAAAAAAUAUAUUUGGCAAAUACACCAAAGACGCAGGCGAGUAAAAGAUUAUGAUCAUUAAUGAACUGCAAACCUCAUCCUUUAAAACUAAGCAGAGUGUUUUGUAAAUAUUUGUGUUUAUAAAUGUACAGCAGAGUAAGAGUGUUUUUUAGAUUAUUUAAUUCCCAUAUUUCUAAACUAUUUACUACGUUAUAGUCCAUACUCGUUAGUUUGAAAGGCUUUUUGACUCUUUUGGUUUUUAAUUCAUUAUCACUCAUGCUUGGAACAGCACUUCAGCUAAAGAAUUUAAUGUUCUGGCUAGAGUUGGCAGUAGCAGAAGUGCACA